CUUCGCAAUUCAAAAACAUUGACACCGCGACGAAGCAUCGCGAGCCCUAACCCUAACCAUGGCGAAUGGGGCCUCCGCGUCGUCGGCGCCCGGGUCCUCCUCGUCUCCGCAGGCCGGCGGCGGCGGGGACGCGCCGCGGCCGCGCGCCGGCUCCGACCCGCUCCUCAUCGUCUGCCGCUGCUUCAGCGUCGUCACGGCCGCCACCGCGCUCCUCUGCGUCGCCGUCAACGUGCUCUCCGCCGUACAGUCCUUCCGCGCCGGCUCCGAUAUAUUUGGGGGCAUCUUCCGGUGCUACGCGGUGGUGUUCUCGCUGUUCGUGGGCAUCCUCGAGACCGAGUGGGGAUUCAUCAUCAAGUUCUGGAAGAUAUUUGAAUACUGGCCUGCAAGAGGAAUGCUACAGAUCUUUGUUGCUGUCAUGACGAAGGCAUACCCAAAUGUUGAAAGGAAUGAUCUAAUUUUGCUCCAGGAGAUUGCCAGCUAUAUGCUUCUUGCAUGUGGAGCUGUCUACGUAAUCUCGGGGAUAUUGUGCAUUGGUGUGUUAAAACGUUCUCGGCAGCAGAAAGCGACAUCAUGGGAGCAAGCAGUCAAGGAUCUGCAGAAGCUUGAGAAACGGAGAGAAGAACUUGAGGCACUGUUAAAUGCUGAGCGAUCUGAGAUGGUCUGAAGUCUGAUCACAACGAUCUAACAUCUCUCAUACAGUGUAGAUAAAUUGCUUUCCUGCUGAUAGCAUACUUCUUGGUCAUGGCCAUCUUUCGUUCAUCCAAUAGCCACUUCUGUCGAAGUGUAUCUUGUUUAGUUCCUCUCCCUUUCUUCUGGUUUUCAGCUGAACUGUGGUUUUUCGGCUUUAGGGCAUUGCGUUCAUUCAUCGUCUAGGAGAAUAUUGUUUCAGUUAGAUUACGGCAUGUAUGUGAUGUAGUAUGCUUACGUCGUGUACGUCUGUCUCGUAUGUGUUGCUGAAUAAUUCUCCUGAAUUGUGUUUAAGAGUAGGUUCUUGUUCAUGAAUUCAAGCAACUUCAUUUUGACGGAUAAAUUCUAGGAAGUCCUUUUUCAUACUUAUGAAUUCUACUA